CGUGGCCUAACACAUUCUAAAUUGGUGAGCGUUCUUAGAGGAAGGUUCGAGAUUGACGUCGACAUGAUGACCGUAUUUGUAAGAAUGUCUUUGGUUUUAGCAGCUUUGAUGGUCUUCUUGGUGUGUGCAACUGGUGAUACCGACACGGUCCGGACGAUCGGUCCUCCAGCACUGCCGUCUCUUCCCUUGCUUACUUCCAGAAUAUGUCCACGACCUGGCCUCUGCCCCCAAAUACGUCGUCUUCCCGUCAGCAAAAGAGAAGCUGAGAUUGAGGGAAAGAAUAUUGUAGAUCCACCCUCACUAUGUGGUAACCUGUGCACAAGAGACGAAGUUUGUCCAGCUGGCAAGAAAUGCUGUCCAACAACUUGUGGUUAUGCCUGCUAUGAUCCGGUCUUUGUCGCAGACGCUGCAUGAAUGCAAGAAAAUAUAUCGUAAUUUAAUAUAUAAUAAUACUUUUUCAUCAUCGGCAUACAACUUGAAAUGUUUCACCCCAAAAAUUAUAUUGGUGUACCCUAUUAAUAAAUUAUAAUUACGUUUUUCUAUCUGCCAUCAAUAACAACGGUAAUGUGUUUUGUCAUUUAUUACAAAUAGUAUUACU